ACUCACCAACUACACACGCACACCCAUUGAACUAGUCUCUACACUUUUCCUUCCCAAUAUAUCUUUCUAUAUAUAUAUUUCUCUAUGUUCCCACAUUACACACUCACACACAUUCAUUCUUUCCAGUACAAAUUUCCUUCGUUUACUCUAUCACUAUAACUCCUCUCCUUUCUUUCUUUCCUAGCCUUUUCUUUCUUCUUCCUCUCCUCUCAAAUUUUCUACCUAUCCAACAAUGAACGCUCUAGCCGCAACCAACCGUAAUUUUCGCCAUGCUUCACGUUUACUUGGGCUGGACUCAAAGAUUGAAAAGAGCCUCUUGAUCCCAUUCAGGGAGAUCAAGGUGGAGUGCACGAUCCCCAAGGAUGAUGGGAGUCUGGUAUCGUACGUUGGGUUCAGAGUACAACAUGACAAUGCACGUGGGCCCAUGAAGGGAGGGAUCAGAUAUCAUCCUGAGGUUGACCCUGAUGAAGUGAAUGCACUGGCUCAACUAAUGACUUGGAAGACUGCUGUGGUAGACAUUCCAUAUGGUGGAGCAAAGGGUGGGAUUGGAUGCAACCCAAAGGACUUAAGCAAGAGCGAGUUGGAGCGUCUUACCCGGGUCUUUACUCAGAAAAUUCAUGACCUCAUCGGAAUUCAUACUGAUGUUCCUGCGCCAGACAUGGGCACCAAUGCUCAGACUAUGGCAUGGAUUUUGGAUGAGUACUCAAAAUUUCAUGGUCACUCACCAGCUAUUGUGACAGGAAAGCCCAUAGAUCUUGGUGGAUCACUGGGUAGAGAGGCUGCAACUGGGCGUGGUGUUGUAUAUGCUACAGAAGCAUUACUUGCUGAGCAUGGGAAGUCAAUCAAGGAUUUGACAUUUGCUAUUCAGGGAUUUGGAAAUGUGGGUUCCUGGGUGGCAAGGCUGAUUCAUGAGAAAGGUGGUAAAGUCAUCGCAGUGAGUGACAUCACUGGUGCAGUUAAGAACCCAAGUGGAAUUGAUAUAAAGGAAUUGCUUAAGUAUAAAGAAAGAACUGGCAGUUUAAAAGAUUUCAAUGGUGGAGAUGCCAUGGAUGCUCACGAACUGCUUGUACAUGAAUGUGAUGUUCUCAUCCCAUGUGCUCUUGGUGGAGUUCUGAACAGGGAAAAUGCUGCAGAGGUGAAAGCUAAGUACAUUAUAGAGGCUGCAAAUCAUCCAACUGAUCCAGAUGCAGACGAGAUUCUAUGUAAGAAGGGAGUUUUAAUACUCCCCGACAUAUAUGCAAAUGCUGGGGGUGUGACUGUUAGCUAUUUUGAGUGGGUUCAGAAUAUUCAAGGUUUUAUGUGGGAUGAAGAGAAGGUAAAUAGGGAGCUUAAGAGGUACAUGACUCGAGGUUUUCAAAAUGUCAAGAAUAUGUGCAAAUCACACGAUUGUAAUCUCCGGAUGGGUGCUUUUACACUGGGGGUAAACCGGGUUGCACGUUCCACCGUCUUAAGGGGUUGGGAAGCAUAAAUUUCUUCUUUUCAGUCUUCUGUUUUUUCCAUUUCUCAUUCAUCUUCAACCUUAUCCCUAUUCACAGCUGAAGAAAGUAAGCUUGGAAGCUAUUCUUACACCCCGCUAUCUAACAGAUUUGUUAGACAAUAGAAAAUUAUUACCAGCAAUUUGUCUGCUGAAGAUGUGUUAGUCAUUGUUAUUGUUGUUACUUGCAUAUUCCAUUUGAAAUCAACAGAUUAAUUUAAGUUUGGCCUUCAGCCACUACUUAUGGUUCUUGAUUUUCCAAAAAGUCUAAUCAUAUCUGCACUUUUAAUGGCGAA